AUGGCAGGUGUGUUGACGAACUCUCUGAACGAGGCAUUGGAAUGGUUGGCAGAUGCGAAAGAAGCCGGUGCACAAUGGGGGCUUGUUCUUGCGCCUGGAUAUUUUGGACCUGCUGCGAACCAAGAGAACAUUCAAGAAUGGUACAAGAUCGUGGCAGAUGCUAGUCCUAUUCCGAUUUUAAUCUAUCAUUAUCCUGGAGUUACAAACAAUAUCACAAUAAGUCUCGAUACAUACACGAAGCUCGCUGCACAUCCCAACAUUGUGGGAUGUAAGAUGUCCCACGGGAAUGUUUCACACCAUUUGCAAGUAUCGUUGACGCCGGAUAUUGAUCACGAAAACUUUCGUGUAUUCAGUGGCUUUGGUCAACAACUUGGCCCUAUUGUGCAUUUUGGUGCGGCAGGUGUGAUUGAUGGCCUCGCCGCAAUUUAUCCUCGGACCGUUGCACGUUUGUUCGAACUUGCUAAAAAGCGCCCCGUUGAACCUGCAGAAUUACAGGAGCUGCUAUCGCUUCAAUUUUCCGUCAGCCGUGCAGAAGAGUUCGUUGUGAAAUGGGGAAUAAUAGGGAUCAAAGAAGGAGUUUAUCGAACAUUAGGUAUAGGAAAUUUGGAAGGUGGAAGAUUACCUCUAAGGGGUAAACUACCUGAAGGGGAGUGGCAGACUUGGGACUUUGCCACCAAUCCCAUGAAAGCCCUCGAAAGUUCAUGA